AUGGGGAUUGUCGUCAGACCCGAGACGAUGCUGUCGGUGUACGGCGUGCUCUUCAUCAUGGGAACGGCUUCCGCUGUGACAUCUGAAUACCAGCUGGACUCGCAGACUCUGCUUCCAUGCGAACUAGCCAGAGAGAAGGCCAGCAGGAACGGAGCAGACUACAUCCCCCAGUGCUCCGACGAUGGAUUAUUCAGGAACAUCCAGUGCACUAGAAAUGGCCUGUCCUGCUGGUGUGUAGAUGUUGAUGGUGAUGAGGUCCCAGGCAGCCGACGGACAGGGUCCCCUCCAUUGUGCCUAUCGUUUUGCCAGCUUAAAAAGCAGCAGAUCUUGGUGAGCGGUUAUAUAAAUCGGACCUCGACAUCCUACAUCCCGCAGUGCAAAGAUUCCGGGGCGUUUGAAUCAGUACAAUGCAACCAUAACCUAGGGCAAUGCUGGUGUGUGGACACUGAGGGAAUGGAGAUCUACGGAACACGGCAGAUCGGGAAACCUAAACAAUGUCCCCGGAAUUGCGAGAUCAGAGAUCGUCGAAUCCUUCAUGGUGUCGGGGAGAAGGUUCCUCCUCAUUGUUCUGACAAUGGGGAAUUUUCACCUGUUCAAUGCAAACUGGUCAACACUACAGACAAGAUGAUUUUGGAUAUAGUUACAAGUUUCAGCCGAUUUCCAGAUGCCUUUAAGUCAUUUACGUCCCUCCGGGAAUCAUUCCCAGAAAUUUCUGGAUACUGUUACUGUGCGGAUAGGCUUGGACGGGAACUUGCCAACACUGGUUUGGAGCUUCUGUUGGAUGAGGUCUACGACACGGUCUUCGCAGGACAAUCCCCCUCUCGCUCCUUCACGGGAACAACUAUCUAUCGCAUUCUACAGAGACGAUUCCUGGGCGUUCAGCUAAUUACGUCUGGCAAAUUCAGAUGCCCUACUACAUGUGAGGUUCAGAGGUUUACUGCCGCUCAAAUGGGGGGUGUUUAUAUACCAUCUUGUACCGAGAAUGGGGAUUUUGAAGCUGUCCAAUGUCAAACCGGUGGUCAGUGUUGGUGCGUGGAUUCUAAAGGACGGGAAAUCUAUGGAUCUCGAUUACAAGGGAAACUCCCCAACUGCAAUAACUAUCAAGAUUGUUCAAACAGGAGAAGACAGGCUUUGUCUAGUUUGUUUUAUGGACCCAGUGGACCUUUUGGCCAACGUAACCUGUUUGAAACGCAAGAGGAGGAAUUUGGUCCACGACUAGGAUCCAAACACUGUUCAUCCUAUGUCUUGGAAACUUUUGUUAAUUCGGGACUCUUAAAUCCAAUUGAUGAGAAAUUUGGAGACAAAAAAACUAAAAUGGACAAUUUUAUUAGUGACAUGGUCACUGGACUGUUCCCUUCGAGAGACCUAAUACAGUUGGCUUUAAAAUUUACCAAAAACCCAAAGAGAUUUCAACAAAAUUUGUUUGGUGGAAAAUACCUAAAAAACAUGGGUUCGUUUAAUUUCACCGGAGCAGUGGGCGUCAGGAGCAAAUUUAAUUUUAGUGGAUUUUUCCAGCAAAUUGGCUUAACAGGAAUGUACAGCGGAGGUAACUUCAAGGAACUCGCCAAGUUAUUUUCAUCUGAAGAAGAUUCGUACUUAACUAAAGAUUCAUCCAAUUUCUCCAAGCAAAGCUUUAACCUGAACCAGCCCAUUCAAGCCAGUUUUGGGCAAAUUGUGAACCUCCAAGAAAAUCAAAAUCUUGUCGCGCUUUUUGUUUCGAUUCUUGAGCUUGAGGAAUUUUCGAAAUUUCUCAGAGAAGUUGUCUCUGUCCCACCAAAGAUUUCCGAAGACGUUUCUGAAACCGUGAAGAUCGUUCUACAGUCGAAAGCCUGUCCGAAGAGGGACACCAACGUCUUCGUACCGACGUGCACCCAAGAUGGCGGAUACGAUGAAAUUCAGUGUAGUGUAUCAGAGUGCUGGUGCGUUGAUGAUUCGGGCGAAGAAAUAGAGGGAUCGAGAACACGAGGGAAAAAGGCGAGAUGUCCCACAAAAUGUGAAAAAGAACGUGACAUGCAAAAAUUAAUAAAGAAAAGUCGGCCUGCCGGGUCAGAGCUGUUUAUUCCCUCGUGUGAUAGGAAUGGAAAUUUUUGGACUGUCCAGUGCAUUGGUAAAAAAUGCUUCUGUGUUGAUUUCGAUGGACAAAUUAUUCCCGGAACCCAGAAAUUGUCUGGAGAAAAUAUUCAGUGCCCCAGUAAUUGUCAGUUGACCGCAAGCAAGGAGUUUCUUCGGAGCUCCGGAGAACUAUUAUCUGGUUCUAGAACAGUAUCUCAGCUUUCGGAAGUUUUCAUUCCCCAGUGCUCCGAGGACGGAGACUGGAAACCCGUUCAGUGUAGCGGACCGACCGAGCAAGCCUUUGAGCUCUACCAAGCCUGGACAACACUGAACAGAAACAUCUCUUUCUCAGAAACCCCUCGUGUCAUUCUGACCUACAAAAAGACUUCUUCUCAGAGUUUUUCAGACUUCGUUCUAGCACUUUAUACCAACGGACAUCAAAACGUGUUUCCUUUUUUUUCCAAAUAUUCCUCGUUUAGUGCUAUCCCAGAAGAUGUUUUAGGUGGAAACAUAACAGUGCAGACAGAUAAUGUCCUACUAAACCCUUAUCUAUUCUGGAGAAUCCUAAGCGGAGACCUAACUUAUUACCCCGGCGCUUACAGUGACUUUUCGGUACCUUUAAGUCACUUCGAUCUGCGUACUUGCUGGUGUGUUGACCCAAAUGGACAGAAAAUCCAGGGGUCGGAAGUGAUGCCGAACAAAAUUCCAAAAUGUCCCGGGAGGUGUGAGAUUGCCAAACUGAAGAGCUUGCAGUUCAUAGAGGAAGCAGAAGAUUUCAUUGAGGCUUCGAACACUUCUCGUUUUCCUUUCGGACAGAGCUUCUUAUUGGCAAACGGAAUACGACUUUCAGAAAUGGAUCUGCUCCAUGCUGAUGGCUCCUUCAAAUCAGGAGUAACCUUCUCAGAGAGCUUCAUGAACAGAGAUAAUUAUCACCUGCAACUGGCUGCACAAUCCACCCUGCAUUUUUACUGGAGAAGAAGGUUUGCUUCUUUUGGCGAGACCACCCAGUCGGCAUAUGUACCUUACGUACCCCAAUGUGAUGAACUGGGAGAAUGGGAACCAGUGCAAUUUUAUGAGAGUACUGGUCACUAUUGGUGUGUGGAUGAGGAUGGAAACUAUAUUCCCGAUUCCCUGGUGACACGGACAUCACGUCCUCCACAGUGUCAGACGUCGUGUCAGAGAAGUCAGCUGAAUGCUCUGAUUGCCAGUUGGAUACCACAGUCUUUCCAGUCUAAUUCAAGUAGUGUUCCUGAAUCAUUAAUCCCAGAUUGUACUGAGACGGGGCAAUAUACCCCAUUACCAACUUCAGAGACAGACUUUGAUUGCAUGUUACCCAUGAACAAAGAUGCAAUGGCACAAGGCAUGAAUGGGCGUAAUAAUUGUCCAGUCUGCCCGUUCCCCUUCAGUUCCAAGAAUAUAAAACACGGAGCAGUGUUUUGCGAGGAAGUAACGGAAGGAGGGCUAAAGUUUCAGAAGUGUCAGGUGAAAUGCCGGAAGGGCUAUCACAACGUAAUUCCCAGCGAGACGUUUCUGUGUGAUCUGAACAGCCGUGUCUGGGUUUCCCAACCUCCGCAUCCCCAAUCCUGCCAAAGAGUUGGCUCUUUCCAGACCGUCCAAACAGAGGUGUCUUUCGAACUCCUUCUCCCGAGCAGUAAAACCUGCAUGGCGGAUUAUUCUGGAUUACUCCAAGCAUUCCGAACAUUCAUACUAGAUGAUCUCAAGGCUCGUGGGUUAUGUCAUAUUCAGGUGAACUAUUUUGGAAACAGAGGUUUAGGAACAGUUCCAGUCUGCGAUGAUUCCACGGUCCACGUGGAAUGUUUGUCCACAGAUCGCUUAGGGGUGAAUGUCACGUGGAGAGCUCAGUUAGAGAAUAUCCAAGUGCCCUCGCUACCUAGUUUACAUGACAUUGAAAAAGCAAUUGUCGGCGAAAACCUGAUUGGACGCUUCCUGUCCAUUAUUAAAACUGGCAACUAUACUCUGAAUUUGGACUCUAAGCUCUUCAUCGCUGAUACGACAGCGUUCUUCCCACGCGAUGAAGAUUUCGGCGUAUCUCCACAAGUCUACCUGGGCUGCAAAGAUGGAUUCCAGAAAAUAUCGAAUUCCGAUGAAGGGGCUAGGAAUCUGGGUGGAUGCGUUAUUUGCCCACCUGGAACUUCUGCUCAGGAAGGCCCAUGUAGACCAUGUCCCAAAGGUUCUUACCAGGAGAACGCCGGAAGCCCAGCCUGCAUGAAAUGUCCGCUAGGGACAACUACUGCCUAUUCGGGAGCCUACAAGAAAAGCCAAUGUGAGACCAGCUGCCAGAUGAACACUGUUGGCUUGUUGUGUGAUGAUAAAGGCCGGUACCUACCGUCCCAGAAGGAUGAGACAAUGAAGAAAUAUUAUUGUGUCGAUGUUUCUGGAGAAAAGUUGGCAUGGACAGAAGUUGAUUCCAAACUCACGAAUGAUCAGUGUUUAGCGUUAAGAAGGUUCCAAUUAGUUUCCGAGGACAAGAUUAUCCUCUUGACGGAUGAAGAUUCUGUAAAGAUUAAGUCCAAGCGAAUAGAUGGACAGAAGGAGAAAUAUUUGGAUUGCUUUAUGGACUGUGUGAUGGAGGAAUCGUGCGACUACCUCAGCGUGUCCACUAACGGAUCUCAAACGGUUUGCCAACAAUAUAGCGGGGAUGAGCCUAAUAUCGUCUGCACAACUACUAAGCAGAUGCAGGGAGUCCUCGGAAACGCAGCCUCUGCCAGCAUGGAAGGCCUCACUUGCCGGUUUAAAAUAAAACCAACCUCUACGAACAGCCUUACCGUUUAUCGCAAAAAGGGACAUGAAUCUCCCGAGAUUGGUCUGGGAAUGUAUGAGAAGACAGAGUUCGGAAACACAGUUUCAGGAGUGUACAAUACGUCGGUUUUCUCCGCGGAGGACACGAGUCUAACCGACGCGCUUUCCUUUUGCCGUCAGACGUGCCGCCGGGACCCCUGCUGUAAUGGAUUCAUACUCAGCCAGGUUAUUUUAAACAGAGGUACAAUUCUUUGCGGCUUGCUGAGCUCUCCAGACGUUCUUUUGUGUCAUGUGAAUGACUGGAGUGAAACCUCAACGCUGGGAGGUGAUGGAGUGUGCAAAGGUGUUAGAUCCAACAAGGAGAAGAAGACCUUUUCAUUCUACCUGGGAGGACAAGAAUUCACAGGCAGUUACUCGCUGUUGUCCAAGAGCCUUGGUAAAGUGGAAUAUAGCACGGAAUUAACCACUGAAGUGAAAGAAGAAAUCCAGCGCGUCUUCAUCACUUUCCAGAGGGUUUUCCUGCUCAGAGAUCCUGAUAAGAAGACGUUGGCCGGUGACUCUGGAUGCCGUCCCAUUGACGGACUAGUACAGGCUUCUCCUAUUGUGUCAGAUUCUGUUAUGGAGCUUUUCGUUCCUGUGGAAAGUGAUACGGUGACAGUCGACAAGGAGGCUUCACUAGCAAAGCAGCAAUACUGGAUUUCCAAACAACGUUACUCCUCUAAACAAGCUACCCAGUGGUGUCUUACACGAUGCAAGGAAGAAGAGUCUUGGUGUCGUCUGGCAGAUUUACAAGACUCCACAAAAGAAUAUUUCACAUGCAUCAUUUACCCAGAAACACGGAAAUGCAGGAAUACAAAUGACCCGGUGCCCGACCGAUGCGAUAUCGCCUUAAACAGCAAUCCCCAGCUCUUACAUAGCAGAAAAGAGAUUCUGGGUAACAAGGUGAAACACUUUUACACGAAUUUACCGUACCGCAAACUAACUGAAAUAUCUGUGAGGAACAAGAUUAGCAUGACUGGGAAAAGUGUAUCAAACGGAUUUUUCGAGUGUGAGCUCCAAUGUGAUGCAGACCCCUGCUGUAAAGGGUUCGGAUAUUUGCAGCAAUCCAGACUGACAGGAUCAGAAUUGCUGUGUUUAACCCUUGGAAGUCUGGGGAUCCAGUCCUGCAGUGGUACAGACAGUAGCUCCUGGCGUGUUACCGACUGCAGUACUCUCAAUGAAGGCAUGGAGAGUCAUCCCUUUGGGUGGUUCCAGAAGCCAGAAGACCGUCAAUCCUUUACUUCUGCUCUCUGUCCAGCUACAGAUGUUUCUAUCAAGGAGAAAGAAGGGUUACUGGAUGAUUGGCAGCUCUUAGAUGCGUCGUCUGUGAGCAUCGAUUCAUCGCUGACAGACUAUGAUUCGGUCCAGAUCAGCGGAGACUCUCCUAAAACCAUAGAAAUAGCUCAAAAUUACUGUUUAUCAGUCUGUUCCCGCGCUCAGUCUUGUGUUACCGCUACAGUUGAAGUUCUACAGACCAAAGUCCGUUGUCUUUUCUAUCCCGAGACCCAGAGCUGCUACCAUAAUCUAAACAAGCAUCAAUGCAGCGUUUUAGUAAAGGAACCGGCUACUUACAUCUUUCGGAAGAAAGUUUCUACACGUUCAUCAGUGACCAUUUCAUCCGGUGCGUCUCUGUUUGGCAAAUCACAAGCCAUUCAGAUCGGAUCAGAUAUAAAAUAUGUAAAUCAGUUCCUUGGCAUCCCUUACGCUGCUCCUCCGGUUGGUGAUAACAGGUUCCGUCCUCCACAGCCGUAUAACUGGACGGGCACAUGGAAUGCCACCACAACAAGGUCUAGUUGCUUACAGCCAGGGGAUGGAAAGGCCCAGUACGGCUCAGUUAGUGAAGACUGCCUCUAUCUCAACGUAUUUGUUCCUUACAAUACUGGAACAGGCAAAGCUACCCUCCUUUAUUUUCACAACAGCCCAAGUGACUACAGCGAAAACGGGCAAACCUUUGUUGACGGAUCUUACAUGGCGGCCGUGGGUGACAUUAUUGUUGUGACUGCGAGUUACAGAGUUGGCGUUUUUGGUUUUUUAAGCACUGGUAACACUACGCCGAGUGGAAACUGGGGUCUUUUUGAUCAAGCCGCUGCCUUGAAAUGGGUUCACGAAAACAUUGGUCAUUUUAGAGGAGACGCUGGGGUGGUUUCCAUAGCUGCUGAUCGAGCUGGGGCUGAUAUUGCCAGCAUCCACUUAUUAUUGGCCGACACCACAGCUUUCAAAAGAGCCCUGCUUAUGGGAGGUUCUGCCUUUUCCCCGAUGUUGGUCAUCAGUGAGAGAAGCGCUCAGGAUCAGGUCCGAUUUUUGGCCAACGAAGUUGGAUGUUUGGCAUCUAACAAUGAAGAUGUUGUUUCUUGCCUUCGGAAAAUGGCUGCCGAUACACUUAAUGCCGCUCAGACCAAGCUACUGGCUCAAAGAGGUCCAUUUCAAACAUGGGGGCCGGUUGUGGAUGGCAUCUAUAUACGAGACAAGCCAUCUACACUAAUAGAGAAGGAGAUACAGCGGAACAUUGACCUGUUCAUAGGAAGCGCUGAGCAAGAUGGCCUCAUAGUCAGAGCAAAGGCCAUUAAAAGAUUUGAAGAAAGUCAAGGAAGAGGUGACAGUAAAAUGGCCUUUUACCAGGCCCUCCAGAAUUCACUAGGAGGGGAAGAAAGGAAUCUACGAGUUCAAGAUGCUGCCGUGUGGUUUUAUUCUUUGCAGCAUUCAACCGAUGAUUAUUCUGGUUUCUCAAGAGCAUUAGAAAAUUCUACACGUGAUCACUUCAUUGCCUGCCCAGCAAUCAAAAUGGCAGAUUACUGGUCAGAACAUUCAAAGGGUAGAGUUUUCAUGUACUAUGUGCCCGAGUCUUUUUCACAAAGCAGCUCUGGCUUGGAUCUUCCCGAAGAUGUUAUAUAUGCGUUUGGCCUCCCCUUUCACUCAAAUUAUAAAAAUCAAUUUUCGAUUGAGGAGCAAAACAUUUCUUUGAAGAUUAUGCGAUACGUCACCAACUUUGUGAAAACAGGAAAUCCAAAUUUCCAGUAUCCCUUUACCAGGAAAUUAAUGAGAGAUUUACCAGUGUGGCCUCAGUAUCUUGGAUCCAACAGUGGAGAUAACUACAAGAAAUUUAGUGUUUCAUUGUCAAACAGCCAAGGACUGAAGAAAGCUGAGUGUUCAUUCUGGAAUGACUAUAUCCCGCUGCUUAAAUCUACUACAGGGUCACAAAGUGAAAUCUUGCCAACGAAAAAUAGCAUUGGAGGCAUUUUUAAAACUGUCACCAGUCCAUCUGGACCCAAGCCAGAGAAGGAGGCUUAUAAUUGACAUUCGCCCAUUGGAGAACAGUCAACAAACUCACAUGUUUUUCAGUUUUCAGAACAGAACCAAGGGCCAAUUAGGUGAUUGUUAGAAUAAGAAUGUCGGUUUUGUGUGUUGUGGGGUUACUAUAUCCCCUGGUCGCGGAUAGUGUUUGUAUCCUGUAAUAUAAUAAAGUUACUUAGUCGUCUUUCCUGUUACAGAAUAAAGUUAUUGAAAGCA